GCUUGCUCAUUACCGACUCCACCAUCCGAGCUCAACCCUCGGACCCUUGUAUAACUUAACAAGUCUUCUAUGGCAAACCAACCUAACACAGCUACGACCACCCAUUCAACACGUUUAGGUGAAUUAGGUUGGGACGCUUGUUCUUCACCUCUCGGAUUACAGUUGCUGUGUUCUAUUGACUUGGAAACGUUUUUCGGGCGAAACAAUUGCAAAUUAUUCAAUUUUACUUGUAUCAAUAGUAUUUGAAGAACUCACCCCUUAAAGCUUUAAGUUUGUUACAAGGAAUGACGAUCACUUGGAGUUCAUUAUGACCUUCCAUCGUCGUGUAAGCUCGGUGUCCUCUGUUUCUAGUGCAUCGACCACUACUUGCGUUUCGGUCAUUCAUACCAAGAAUGAGAACGAUGAGGAUCGAGAAGAGCUCCGUGAAACCCCAACUACACCAAAAAACAAUAACAGACCAGAUGCCCUUAAUAGCGAUGGAGUCAUAGGCUCUAAUGCUCGCUUUGAACGGUUUAGUCUCUACAGACCCAAAACUGUCAAGGCCCGUUCGAGAGCAGAUCGAGCGGGAAAACACGCUAUGCAUCAGCGUUCCCUCUCUUUCAAUGGACACAUGCCCUUCAGCAGUCGACUGAAUCACGGUGGUCUGAAACAAGCAUUCGAUGAAUUAUCUAUUCACAAACCAAAAUUACUCUCAUCGACCUUUAGUAAGCUCGCGCAUGCGAAUUCACAGGGAUCACACGUUAAAGGAGAUUACUGUGCAUCUUUCAGUAGUCCCUCCUCUCCGCAUCACCUCCGAUUUCGUAAAAAUAAGGAUCUCCUUUCUCUCGAAAUACCCUCUCUGCACAAGUCAAUAUCGACUUCUCGCAGUUUCCUGCGUACGCGCGGAAAGGAGAACAUUGGCCUGUUUGGCCCAUCAAUUCCCAAACUUUCAACUCCUAAGGCAAGCAGUGUAGUACCCAUCGGUCCUUCUGCUAUCAAACUUGGGAAAACGCGUGCGUCCAUUGAUUCCAAAGGCUUAACGACGUUUGUCAACUUUGACGAAAGUUGGUCUUGUAUCGAGACGCAAGUACUCAGUGUAUACAAAGGUGAAGAACUUCACGUCCCUAUCGAAGAUUUGAAUGGCAUCGUCGUGGUACACAUUCGCAACUGUAUUCAGGAAAGCAACCUCGGUACUUUUAUUGAAGAAAUUGAGGAGCUUUUUCAGAAGGGAGCCUAUGUGCUUGCGGCCACGCUUUCAUCCGAAACCGAUAGUGUAUUUUACGCACGGUUUAUGGAAUCCUGGCUAUUCUUUACAACUCAUGUUUCACCAUUUUUAGAAGCUAUUUUCCUUCCUAUUCAAAGCCAGUUGCUUGAUCCACACGAAAAUAGCACACUCUCAUACGAGGUUCGGGAGUUUUGCUCACUCAACAAAACGAGGCUUAACGUGCGCCGGAAAGCAUUGUUGGCUUUCCGAGACUAUGUAUUUAUUCCUUUGAAGGAUCGACUGCUUUCCGUUAUUCAUGAGACUUUAAACGGUAGAACGAGUGUAACAACUUGGGUUUCCUCUAUGCUUUGCAAGACUCUACAAGUUCCCUGUUAUAUACUAGGCCUCGGUGUUCAGGAUGAGAAUAAUCAUACUGUGAAACGUUUCUUCGAGGAAAUAUAUACAUUAGCGGAUCAGUUCCAAGCCCAAUCCAAGCGACAAUGAUGUGCUCUUGUUGCGGAGCACUUGUUUUAUUAAAGCUAUUUAUAUUUGCAUGUUACGGUGCCAUUGUUCGAAGCAGGAAUAAGGAUUAUUUGCAAAUGACCGAUCCCGGUUACAUAAGCAGCGCCCAGAAGUGUGUGAUUCUUCAUCUAGGGGGCAAUGCGACCUAAAAAGCAAGUAAUGCAUUAGUAUUUCGUUCCGAUACCUCUUUUAUCAUCCAGCUUUCCGGAACUUACCAUGGCGGAUGAAAGUAACCCAUAUCUUCAAAAUAAUGAAGCUGUGACUUGUUUAGCAUGAGAGCGGCAGCCAACGAAUGGACUGGUGCAUCUCCCCAACGUUCAUAAAAGAACCCUUUUUGACUGUCAAGAUAGUUAAAAUAUUUCAUAUAAGCAUCACUUCGAAAAAAAUUCAAAUUCGCAAUCUCAAAGUUGCUCCAAAAAUGGCAAAGAUUGUACAUUCCAUCCAGUCCCAUGCCGUAGUCUUCAAUAAAAGGAAGCGAGUUGUCCCUCGCAAGGAGUUCAGGGUUUUUGCGAAAGAACUCGUGUGUAUGAUGCCAUAAGGUAGGAAUUGUAUUAGGAAAUUCUCGAAUAGCAAUCACAAAUCCAUACAUUUUGUCGUGUUCACGCAUAAAGGUGAACGGAUCACUAAUGAAAACAAUGGUUAGUAACAGAUGAUUAUUGCACGCGCCUUUGCAACACGAAUGACUUACUAGUCGAGAUCACAAUGAAACUUGAUGCCUGGUUCUACCCUCCAGUAAUAAUCGUACUGUAGCAGUUUUGGUACUCUGAAAAAGAAUCCCGAAUUAAAGCGGCACAUUAAGCGGUAGCUUAAAGAGCCACCAUAAAUAACUUGAUUUUCUGUCAUAACUCGGAGCGUGUGAGCCAGUUGUGUCAGAUCAAUCGAAGUUGGAAGCUCCCAUUCUUCGGGUGCUAACGUAACGAAUUCUAUUUUACUGUCCGUCAUGCGACCCGUCGCAUUUUUAAACGCGUUGGUAAAAGGUACUUCGUUAAGAAACAGCCAAGGGUAAUGGUAUCGUUUGUUAAAUCGAUCCUCCAAACUCUGCAUAGAACUUAGUACAUCUUCAAGGUCAUCAUUCCUACACAACACAACUAAGGUAGCAUUUUCCCGAUGUGUACCAGCUUUGGUAAGUUCUUUUUUGGGAGGUAGAUAUGUAGUAUAAAUGUUAUCUUCUU